UCCAGAGAGACUUUACAGCAACUGACUCUCAUCCAGAGAGACUUUACAUCAUUCAUCAUCAUGGAUGUAAUGACUGGUCAGAUGGUGACAAAGAUCCCGACGUAAUGAUCAGUCACUGGGGGACGUGCACCAAGAUCUUCCUGGUACUGGUGUCGCUGAGGGUCAUAUACUAUACCGUUCUGGAAUAUCCCAACAACCCAAACCACCCCUACCAGCGUCCCCGUUCCAGGAGGACUCCAGACCCUUCAAGAGGAGAGGACUUGUCCUCUGAGAGCAUCAGUCCAACGACUAACGAUGAAUCAACAUAUUAUGUGGAAUCUGAAACUCCAGACAACAAGGACACACCUACAAUGUAUGUUGACGUUGAACCACAAGCUGAAUCAGAAUAUUACCUGGACACAAUAUCCAUUCAGGACUGGCCAUCAAUAACACCGACCACUGGACUGGCCACUCCUCCUCCGUAUAUGUCCCCAGGACCGUACCAUGUAGAAUACCCAUCAGAGUACAUCUUCAUCCUGGAUGAGCCAGAGAAAUGCCGGGAGCAGAACCCCUUCCUGGUUCUGAUGGUGCCAGUGGCGCCCUAUAACAGGGAGGCUCGUGAGGCUGUCCGCAGGACUUGGGGCAGUGAGAGGCAGGUACUGGGCAGAGAGGUCCGUCUGUUCUUCCUGCUGGGACUGCCCAGUGGAGAGGAGACAGAGCAGGUCCAGGAGAAGGUGCUGCAGGAGAGCAAAGAGCACCAGGAUCUGCUGCAGAGCGACUUCAUAGACAGCUACAAAAACCUGACCAUCAAGACCAUGGUGAUGAUGGAAUGGCUGAGCUCUCGCUGCCCCAACGCCUCCUACGCCAUGAAGAUCGACUCAGACAUGUUCCUCAACGUGAACACCUUGGUCAACAUGCUGCUUCACGUUCCAACGCAGAACUACAUGACUGGACUAGUGGCCCAAUGGGCCGCCGUUCUAAGGGACCAUAACUCCAAAUGGUACCUUCCAAAGGAGGUGUUUCCUGAACCAGUAUAUCCACCUUAUGCUCUGGGCCUGGGCUAUGUCUUCACCUUAGACCUCCCCAGGAAGCUGGUGGAGGCGUCCAGGCAUGUUAAAGCCGUCUACAUAGAGGAUGUGUAUCUGGGACUGUGUAUGAGACACCUGGGCAUCCGGCCUACUGACCCCCCCAGUGGAAACCUUUUUCAGGGGUAUGCAGGAGCCCAGGACCGCUGUCACUACGUGGCUGUUAUCACGACCAUCCUCGACACUCCUCAGGAGCUUCUGGACGUAUGGAGAAACUUGCACCAACCUGGACCUGUCUGUCAUUGAAAACAACACUCUGGGAAAGACAAAGAGCCUUGAGGUUAGAGCGUUGGGCCAAUAACCCAAAAGGGUGAUGGUUCCAAUCCCGGAGCUGACAAAAUGGCAAAUCUGUCACUCUGCCUUUGAGCAAGGCACUUAACCCCAGUGCUCCAUGGGUGCUGGACAACGGUGUCCCUGUCCGUGACCCCUCUCCCUGUGGGUGUCCUGGCGGCAGUUGGGAUAUGAAGAAACACUUUACCAUUACACACCUGUGAGUAACAGGACAAAUAUAUCCCCCCUCUACUAUUUCAA